AUGAAGCUCUCCCGCGGCGUUCCGUCAGCAUCGCGCAGGCGACUCCGCAGCAGUUCGCCACCGCUGGCGAUGCUGGUCCUACUGCUGCUAUCGUGCCUCGCCCCCGCCGUCCUGGCAGACGACCUCAUGCCGCCCGACCAAAUGUGCGUGCAGGCCAUCUUCAUGGGCUACAACUCGCUCAGCUUCGCCGAGGGCGCGGCGCCGCCGGCGCCGGCGGAAACCAAGGCCUCUGACGAUGGUGACGACGAUACGGUCGAAGCGCAGGGUGGCGCGGAUUUCUGCCGGAAUAAGCUUAAACAGACGUCCAUCUACGCCGCCGCCAAGGUGCACUGCGCGGCUUCGGACGCGGAGGAGGACUUCGCGCCUAUCGUCGAGAUGCUGGAGGAGCACUGCCGGAAGUGGGGUGGUGGUGGGGAAUUGAUGCCUGUGCCGGAGUUGGUGAAACAGAGGACUGUGAAGGAGUUGAGGGAGGGGUUGAGGCCGGUGGAGUAUGAGGAGGUGCCGAGGGGAGAGGUGUUGGAUGAAGUGGUGAUGAUGUCGGAUGCGUUUUACAAGAGGUGCUUUGAGACGAUUUUUUCGUGGCGGUAUACCAUGUGGGCACAUAAAAGAGGCGGAACUAUGAUGUAUGAGUUCUGGGGCGUUGUAUGUCUUGUUGCCAUAGCAGGCCAAGUCUACCGUCACUUCCUCAGAGACCGCGUAUUUCGACUUUCCCGUGGCGCUCGCAAAGCAUUUGCGUUUUCUAUUUUCCAACCCAUUCUAGAACGUGUGGAGCGCUGGACGCCCGAGAGUCUAACAUAUGAACGUCUUCCUGGCGUUAUCGCAACAGAGAAGGACUCAAGGUCAUGCUUUCAUUUCAAGUUUUUCCCUGUGGGAGAGACAAUAGUAAUUUGGGCAUACUGGAUCUUCAGCAUCACUCUCAACUUUACCAACUAUCGAUUCUAUAACGAGAGUAUAUAUUUCCCCGAGAUGCCAGGCCAGGUAGGAAGAUAUUCUGCUGACCGUACUGGUAUCCUCUCAUACGCGAACCUGCCAAUAUUGUGGCUAUUUUCCGGCAGAAACAACAUCUUCAUGUGGGCAACUGGCUGGAAAUUUCCUACCUUCAUCCGCUUUCACUUGCAUGUUGCUUGGAUAGCCACCCUGGAAGCUAUCGCUCACUCGUUUCUAUACACAGCUCUCACUGUCAACAGUGGCAUAUUUUGGGAUUGGAUGAAGGCUGAUUGGUUCUUUGUUGGCGUCAUUGCAACUUUUGUAAUGACGCUGCUCCUCAUAAUUUCCACUCCGGUGUGGCUUAGAGAACGAUACUACGAGCUUUUCAUAGACAGCCAUGUUGUGUCGUCUCUCGUGGUAAUAGUUGGUCUCUUCGUCCACACUAGCGUCUUCAAUCAUGAAUACGACUGGUACCUUUGGAUUCCAGCCGUACUUUGGAUGUUGGACCGCUCGCUCCGCCUGUUUCGCAUCAUUUUCCUUAACAUCGGUUUUAACCGCCGCCGGAUCUGCUGUACUACUACGUCGGCCACAUACGACCAUUCAUCCAACAUCAUCACACUUGAAAUCAUCCCAGGACCCAACAUUGCGCCUCCUCGGCCAGGCCAAUAUUACUUUCUCUACCAACCAUUUUCCCUCCGCGGCUAUGAGAACCACCCUAUGACACUUGGGACAUGGCGACGGCACGGGGCAGAUUCUUCAAACACCAGCGGAGAAGGCUACCCUCUUACCCCCACCACAACGUCUUCGUCAUCAAUUCACGAUGAAGAAGAAGAUGCAGGGCCACUCCACCCCUGCACCAGCACUCAACCUCUUCUUUCCUCCAGCAACUCCUCCCCUUCUACCUCGCCCACUCGCCUCCAUGCCCGACCAUUCCCAUCAGCAAGCGCAUCCAAUAAAGGUCCCACAACCUUGACGUUCUGGAUCCGGCCCUACGACGGCUGGACGCGCCGGCUGCGCGACCAGUGUAUUGCACACGACCGCAAAGUUCGACGGCCGUCUUCAGACUCCUCAGACGCGCGCCACAGUAGCAGGACAGCAGUAUGUCACCCACUUAUCCUCCUCGAGGGACCAUAUGGCGCGACGCAUACUUUGCCCGGGGCGUACGAUGCGACCAUCCUCAUUGCCGGCGGCUCGGGCAUCAGCGCCGCGGUACCGUACUUGCGAGAAUACUCGCGUCAUCUUUACCUAUCCUCGCAAGCAGGUGGUGCAGGAGACGAGGUGGAGGAUGAGACAGCGGAUGUAGAAGAGCGUGGAGAAGGAGUGAGAGGAGGAGGAAGAGGAGGUCGGACGGGAAAGCCCAUCGUCCAGCUCGUCUGGGCCGCCCGCGAGGAGACUUUCAUCCGAGAUGUCGCGGCGCGCGAACUCCGCAAGGGCUUGACCCGCGAGGACUUCGUAGCGAAGCUUUACUGCACGGCGUCGGUGCCGGACGCGGUUGCGCGGAGAGAAGGUGGCGCGCGGGAUGAGGAGCUGGAAAUACAUCCUGGGCGGCCGGACGUCAGGACCAUCAUCGCUGAGGCAGCGCAGAGCGUGUGUGAGGCGAAGCUGAGGGCAAGUGGCAAGGGUAGAGGAAAGGUGGCCGUGCUGCUGUGCGGACCGCCGGCUAUGGCGAAGGGUGUGGAAGCGGCGGUGAAAGGGGUGGCGGAGGAGUUUGAUUGUUGGGUGGAUUAUUUUGAUGAGGUGUUUACUUGGUAA